CCAAACAAACAAAGUUAUCUUAAGUUCUUAACAAAUAAAAUGCAGUGCCCUGUGCCCGAAUAUUUAUAAUUUUAUACCUGAUUCCUGAACCUCAGAACCUGAUACGGUGAGGUGAGCAGAGAAUCAGAGAGAGGCUGAGGCGGUUCAGCUGGAGACUAGAGAGAGGCGGAGAGCAGAGACUAGAGAGAAAGGUCCUGGACGUGAGUGUAAACUGCUUAGCCCGUUAGGGAGUGAAUGCCCUUGAAUUACCUGGCAAUUGAUUUUGGCGGGUGGGUUAUAUUGGCUAUAUUCUAGAGAGGAUCAUGACCUGUUGUCCUACGCAUUCAACAAGAAGAAUCAUUUGGGUCAAAAAGUAACUCAAGAUGGACAGUGAAGUGAGUCAUCAGCCAAAGCUGGAACGUUCAAGGACAAGGUGGACACCAUCCCUCGACAAGAUAUUUGCGGACUUGGUUGUUAAGCAUAUACAACUAGGGAACAGACCAAACAAUGUUUUUGACAAGAAAACAUGGAAUCUCAUUCGCGAAGAAUUUAAUAACCAAACUGAUCUCAACUUCAAUAACAAUCAAUUGAGGAAGCACCUGGAUGUUCUGCGGACACGCUUCUAUAAUCUGAAAUCAGCUCUUGAUCAAAAUAAUGACUUUGCUUUGGAUGAUUCGUGUUGCAUUGGGUUUGACCUGUGGGAAGAUAUUGGGGCACAGCCUAGGCCUGAAAUGGUCAAAGUCAAGGACUGCCCAAUAUAUGAGCAGCUAUGUGUAAUAUUCACAGAUUCGGCGGCUGAAGGGAAAUAUGCACAAUCCAGUCACUAUGAAGAGUUGGACAAGUCUGCUGGAAUAGAUAAUGCAGGAUUGAAUUCAUGUCAGGAUGGUGGAACCCCACUUUCUGCAAACCCAUCAUCAUUGAAACCUGCGCAAGGAAUCAUGUCAUCAGCAGAAAGGACAAUGAAGAAUAAUGUGGAGAAAAAAAGGAAGCGUCCAUCUGAGACACACUCUUCUUCGGGUCAAAGCCGAAAGGAUCAAGAAAUAAAUAAUGCUAUGGCGGAAGCCAUGUUUGAAAUGGUUGCUGCUUUGAAGUCUAGGGCAGUUGCAAAAGCACCUAGUGAUGAGAGAUUUACCAUCACUAAUUGCAUUAGAGCACUGGACGAGAUACAGGGCAUUGAUGAAACUCUCUAUUUUGCUGCAUUGGACCUCUUUGAGGACCCCAAUUUAAGGGAAACAUUCAUCUCUCUGAAAGGCAACAACAUCCGGUUGACAUGGUUGCAAGGGAAGUAUGGUAAAACAGCCUGCAGUUAGUUUUGGGGACUGUGCGACUUUUUGGCUAAUUUGGGAAAUGUAAAUGUCAGUUUUAGUAUUAUAAUUUUGCUCUAGUGAACUAGAUUGUUCAUAAUAUGUUUUCUUUUUUGUGGGGAAAUAGUUUGUUUAUAAAUGAUGCUAAUCAUAUUUUCUGUUAUAGUUUGGUUCAUGAUUAGUUUCAUGAUUCA